UAAAUGUGUGAACUGAAUGACAGUCAGGCUGUCGGCACAUUAAAGUAUUUAAUAACAGCCCUCUAAACGGAACUUUAUCACAUGAGCGGAUGUAGUCCGCAGGAAGCGGCGGUCCGGUCCGGUUCUACGGCAGCAACAGCAGGGCGGGGAAAGCCGGAGCGGAGCGGAGAGCAGCGGGGACGGGAGAACAGGGAGGCCCAGCAGCAGAGCAGCCUCCCCGGACAGAACCGCGGCGCUACCGGCUGGGAUGUGAACAUCAGCAUGAGUGUGAAGGCCUUUGAGCUGGUGCCCGCUGUGGAGCGGGAGCAGUUGAUGGGCGAAAAGGUGCGCAUCGGCAUCGAGUGCAUAGAAUGCUGCGGGCAGCACUUGUACGUGGGCACCAACGACUGCUUUAUCCAUCACUUCCUUUUGGAAGAACGCUCCACCAAAGGCAGGCUUACCUACAGCAGCCAGAAGCUCCUGCAGAAGUUUCUGGGUCUGAAGAAGCCCGUGGCCGAGCUGAAGGCCGCCUCGGCUCUGGAGCGUCUCAUUAUCCUGUGUGAUGGCACCGUCUCUCUGUUGGACAUGGUCACUCUGGAGCCUGUACCGUUUGGUGGAGCCAAGGUGAAAAAUGUGAUUGCGUUCUGCGUCAAUGAGAACCCAGUAACGGCCGACCCCUUCUGUGUGGAGAUGGCGGUGGUGUCGGCGCGCCGACGGGCCGUCCAGAUUUUCACAGUGCACGAGGAUCGGGUCCAGAUGCUGAAGGAGGUGACCACGCCUGAGCAGCCCUGUGCCCUCAGCGUGGACGGCUACUUCCUGUGCCUGGCACUGCCCACGCAGUACAUGAUCCUCAACUACAGUAGCGGAGCCUCGCAGGACCUGUUUCCCUACGACAGUGAGGAGAGGAAGCCCAUCGUUAAGAGGAUCGGCAGGGAGGAGUUCCUACUGGCUGCUCCGGGUGGACUUGGGAUGUUUGCCAAUGCGGAGGGUAUAUCCCAGCGUGCCCCGGUGAGCUGGUCGGAGAGCGUGAUUGGUGCGGCCGUGUGUUUCCCGUACGUGGUGGCACUGGACGAGGGUUUUGUGACGGUUCACAGCAUGUUAGAUCAGCAGCUGAAGCAGACGCUGUCUUUCAGAGAAGGUCAUAUCCUGCAGAACUUUGAAGGGAAGGUGGUGGUGUCCUCCACUAAGGCGGUAUACGUCCUGGUGCCACUGCCCCUGGAACAGCAGAUCCAGGACCUGUUGGCGGGGCAUCGAGUGGAAGAGGCACUGACCCUGGCAGAGGGGGCACAGAGAAACAUUCCCAAAGAUAAGUUCCAGAUUUUGCACAAAAGAAUUCUUCAACAGGCGGGAUUCAUCCAGUUUGGACAGCUUCAGUUUUCAGAAGCGAAAGAGCAUUUCAGAAAGGGGCAGCUGGACGUACGAGAGCUGAUCUCCCUGUACCCGCUGCUCCUGCCUGCCUCUUCCUCUUUCACACGGUGCCACCCCCCACUUCACGAGUUUGCUGACCUGUACCACCUGGCUCAGGGUGACCAGGAGAAGGUGCAGCGCUGCAAGCGCUUCCUGAUCAGCUACCUGCGGGAGGUACGCAGCAGCGAGAGCACUAACGGCUUCCGUGAGGACGUGGACACUGCGCUGCUGAAGCUCUAUGCCGAGAGCGGCCACGACAGCCUGCUAGACCUGCUGGCCUCCAACAAUGCAUGCCUGCUUGCAGACAGCGCCCCCUGGCUGGAGAAACACCACAGAUAUUUUGCACUCGGGCUUCUGUAUCACUACAAUAGUCAGGAUGCUCUUGCUUUACAGUUAUGGGUUCGAGUUGUGAAUGGUGAUAUGCAGGACUCCACGCGUGCUGAUCUGUUUGAGUAUGUUGUGGACUUCCUGAGUUACUGCUCUAACCUGGACCUGGUGUGGAAAUAUGCAGAAUGGGCUUUACAGAGAGACCAAAAGAUUGGAGUUCAGAUUUUCACUAAAAGACCAGUGUCUAAAGAGCAGACAGCUCAACUAAACCCAGACGAGGUGGUCAAAUAUCUAGAGAAGCAUCACCAGGCUCUAGUGCUCUACCUGGAACACCUUGUGCUGGAGAACAAAGUGCAGAAGGAGAAGUACCACACACAGCUGGCAGUUCUGUAUGCAGACCGUGUGCUGGGUCUGCUCACUCGACCCGCAGCUACAGAAGAACAGCUCUGCUCGGCCCGCAGGAAACUGCAGCACCUGCUGAGAGAGUCUGACCUGUACCGAGUCCAGCUGCUGCUGGGUAAACUCCAGGACUCUGAGCUUCUGCUUACAGAGAGAGCAACACUGCACGGGAAGCUGGAGGAGCACGACAAGGCCCUGAAUAUUUUGGUUCACCAGCUGAAAAACUGUAGAGCUGCAGAGGACUACUGCACGUGGGCCUCGCAGGAUCAGGACCAGGCCUACCGCCAGAGGCUCUUCCACCAGCUUCUGAGUGUGUAUUUGGACCCUGAUGUGCCGGGCGGCACGCAGACCGUGGAAGCAGUCGAUUUACUUAACCGUUACUCUGACAUUUUCGACUCAGCGCAGGUGUUGGAACUCGUUCCGGAGGCGUGGUCUUUAACAUUACUUCGCCCUUUCCUGUGUGGAGCGCUGAGAGCCAGCGUUCACGCUCGCCGCACUUCACAGGUCGCUCUGGCACUGGCCCAAGCUGAGAACAUGCAGCUUCAGCACGACCGGCUAAAGUACCGGGGGGGCCCAGUCUUCAUGUCUGAAAAAAGGGGAUGCCAGCUGUGCCACAACACCUUCAGGGAGCCUGACUUUGUUUGUCUGCCAGGGGGCACACCCGUCCACACACACUGUGCCACCCAGAGGCUUAGGGACUCGCCCACGAAGCGCUCGCACCUAGACCACGGACAUACCUGCAACCACACAUGAAACUGGCAGGACGUGGACAAAAACACAGGGUCAUCAAUUACUGAACCCGGGCCUGGGUGGCUGAGAUCAUAUCGACGAACAGAUGGAUGGGUGGACAGUUGGACAGAUGGAUGGACGUCGAGGCGGAUUGGAGGGUGAACAGAUAUCAUAUCUUUUUAAGUAAGAAUAUACAGUCCUGCACCCUUUGGUGGGCAUGUGUCUGUAAAAGCAGCAGAGUGAAUGUGAUUGGCUGCUUGUGGAAGCAUUUCAGAUGCUAUUUAUUGGUGUCCCCCUGUAUUCGUGUCCACUGAUUGGGCUUUAUCUGGUUCAUUAAAAAAAAAAAAAAAUGUGACAGUAAAAGCAUCGUAGAUUGACGUAUGCUGGUGGUUUGGACACGAUUAGAGCACUUCCUGUGCAAUACAGUGUCCUGAGAGAUGAUGGUACGUCAGUCAUUAGUGUCCUAAAUGGUUCUGUACAAGCAAAACCUAUUCUUUUUGCUCAAAAGGGUCUCUAAAUACUGUAAGCAAACUGUGUUGUUUUAUUUUUUCUUUCACUUUCAUUGAUGUAACACCAAAGUUGCUCUUCAUUUUGUGUUUGUAGGGAAUCUGACGUGUUUAAGAAAGAUUUAAGACCGAUUUCAAAAUCAUCGAUUAGCCGGUAUUUUUCUUAUUUGCUGAUCCCUAAAGGGUUCUCAGAUCUUGUUCAGGAGUUGAGGGUUGACAGCAUCUCUGUACAAGGCUGCAGUUCCUUGUUUAACCAUUAGAUAGAACUAUGGAGCAGGCACGUGACUAUGUCCACUCAUUAACAGCCGGCUUUUUUGUAAUCCUGGCUGUGUGUGAAGUCUAGGCUCUAGGCUAGGUUGGGCUAGACUAAGCUAAGCUAAGAUCAGUUUGGUCAAUCUGUCAUUUAGUAAUUUUUUUUUUUUUUGUCGUUUCUGACAAAAAGAGAAUAAAGACGUUUGACCCCACUAACUGGAUACCCAUCUCCAUAGUGCAUCUUUCAGAGCUAACAAACACCACUAACCACAAAAAACAACAAUAGCCCAGCCAGCGUUCCCACAGUUUAAAUGAGUUUAAAUGAGGUUGAUUCUUAAGAAUUUAUAAUCUUGAGAGAAGACAAAUGCACAAUACUUUAUAAAAGCCAUCCACAAAUAUGUAUUUCCAAGUUUGCCUGGAUAGGGUAAUGGGGCAUCUAGCCUCGCCUUCAAUCGGUUUUAAGACAGAUCGAGCUGAAAGGCUAUUGGUAAUUAUUGAUCGUCCCAGAAACACUAAUCUGUUCAUGUCUAGUAUAGAUGCUACCAUUGAUUGCAGAAGAAGUAAUAGAUUUUGAUAAAGGGGAAUCAAGUCCAUGAAGUGCCGCCAUAGUGCUAUUUACUCCCAGAGUGAACCUGAUCGAACACACACAUCAGACCCAGUUCACACCUGGCAUUAACAUGGUUCCUGAGUAAACUCAACACAUUCGGAGGUAAUUAGAAACGCAUAUGACCACAUUGUUACUGUAUUGUGAACACCAAAGGGUCUUAAUGCAUCCCUGACAGCAAAGCCCACCGACCCACAUGAACUGCCGGAUCAUGCCUAUAAAUUAGUGAUACCACACCUUCUGCCGGCUACACGAGUUAGCUGAUCAUGCUACAACAACAAGCUAAUUGACAUUGGCGAUACAAACCUGGAAGAGUCUUACCAUAACCCAUCCUGCCUCCAGCCCUACCUCCAAUGAUGUGAACAUGAAAUGAUGCAAGAAAUCCAUCACAAGCUUUUACAGGAGACCAUUUAAAAAUACCAGGCGAUCCGAUCACUUAGGACACAUGAUAAUGUGUCUGAAGGGAACGGAUAAUGAGCACAAUACAACGCUGACAUAUUAACAUACACUGGUAAAGCAAUACAUUAUGACCACCUCCUUGUUUCUACACUCAUUAUCCAUUUUUCAGCUCCACUGAUGAUCUAGAACACUUUGUAGUUGCGUGUUCCUUGAUAAUUGAACCUUCACACUCUGCUCUUACUGGUGCAAUAAUGUGCAAUUAAUGAAGAUUGGCCACCAGGCUGCUCCAAUUUAGCCAUGAAGCCUCCCACUAAAAUAACAGGUGUUCCAGUUUGUCCAACCCCUGUACAACUGCUGAUAAUGAUUUAAUUCAAGUGAUCUAGCCAUGCUUGACCUGUUGGUUUGAUUUUCUACUGUGACUCAAAUGCAGGGCUACCACUGUCAAUCCAAAAACUCAUGUGUUUGCAUCGUCAUUCUUCCCCCAUUUAUCUAUUUAUCUAUCACGCAUGCAUGUGGUUGAGCCUCAAGAACAUCUCUACAUGUGUCUUAAGAAUGCUGAGCUGUGACUAACUGUGAUCAAAAAAAAAAAAGCAAAUGUAGAUUAUUAUUUUUCAUACUUUUCAAAGAUAUUGCAAGAUAAUGUGCAACCUGAUACCUGAACAUGUUUCUGACGAAUAUGUGAAAUGCGUAUGUUUGUUAAUGGUUAAGGAGAGAAUGAAGGAAUGUGAAAGUUUGGGGGCGGAGCUGCUUAAAAAAAAAACAACAACAAAAAAAAAAACUUAAGCACAGUAUAAACACUGCCUAAUACAUUAAUACUAAAUCCUGAGACCUGAGACUGACUGGAAGACAGUGGACCUCUGCUUUAAGAGAGAGAGGGCAAUGGUUGACGAGAUUUUAAUGGAUCUAUGCAUCUGCAGAUUUUUAGUAAAAACAGGAAAAAUGAAGGACAAUAGACAAUUAAAAUCAAACCUUUUUUGUUAUUUUCAGUACAAAAAGUGUGCACUGUAAGGAUUUUGUUUGAACUGUUAGACUGGUGUGUUAAAUCCAGUGCCUGGUUUCUGAAAAACAGUAGUUUUGCAAUUGCCCUAAAAGCCAACUUAAACAUUUUCCUUCUUUUUCCAAAUUCAAGGAUCCUUUGUAUACAGCCGCAAAAUGUAAAAGACGUUCAGAGUGAUUUAAAGGACACAACUGAUGUAUCCUUCACGGCCCUCGGUUACCCACAAUUCACAAUCAGUGCAAAUUAUUUCUGUGAAGAGUUGUGCACCUCAGUAUCAUCACAUGACGUUUGUAUGUGACAUGACCACAAAAAGCCUUGGUGGUCUGUUCCAAAUGUGACCAAACAGUCUGCUGAGAUGAAGACUUUAUUGGACAGUCCUACUGAGGACCUGGCCCCUGCCUCAACUGCAGCUUAGCCUUUGGCACGCAACAAAAAUCUGCUUAGUUUCAUCUGCUCUUAUUUGCCAAGAAAGUCAAAGUGUCCAUGGAAACCUCAACACCAACUAGUUCUUCAGACCAGUCAUGGACAUGGGAGGGGUCUGCAGCUUUCUGCAGCUCUGAACUUUUGGUUCCUACCAGCAUUAGGUAUCUAUUCUCAGCAGUGUGGAUCUAAUCAGGAACAGGAAUAGCAAUAUCAGUAGCUAUACGCCUCUCUGUCAUGUUCAAAACCACAUUGCUGGGUAUAUGAAUGAGUACGCUAAGAUGUUUACAGAGCAGAGGCAGGAACCUUGGACUACCAUGUCUGUGAUUGGUCAGAAGAAUUUGUUUGGCCAAUCAGAUUAGAAUGUCACUUCACCGUGUCAUAAUUCAUUUAAACGGGCUCUGUUGCCUGAACUACCUUCUUCAUUUCCUGCUUAUUAUGAUGUGUAUACAUAUACACAGGAACAAUAUGAAGAAAAACUUAACUUCAAUAUGCAGCUUACUAGAUUAGCCAGCAUGCUAACCGGCCAGAUCAGUACAUGGCCUUAAAUGCCACCAAGAGAGACAAACUAGAGAUAUAAACUGAUUUUAUGCCUCAGUUAUGUAGAAGGCAGUUUAGUGAUGGAGUCUCUGUAUCCGUCCAAUGGCAGGGUAUGGUGUUCAGCUGUAUUGUAAUUGGCUACACCCAUAAACUCUGUGUUGACUCUGCACAGAUAUAUAAACCAGCCUUUAGGGUGAAUGCUAAAGAAUAGUAGUUCUGCCCACUUUAACGGUUAUUCUGAUUUCUGUGAUGUUUUGAAGGACCCAGACGCUGAAUGUUUCUUUCCUGGUUGUACCACAUAACCAGGAGUCUGUUUACACUUGGUCGCUUUGUCCACCUUGUACGUGGAAAAUAUUCAGAUUAGAUUAGAUUUAAGUACUCUGUUCGCAUUUGAUCACACUUGAUCAGCUUUACAUAAAUAUGCAUCAAUGCAAGGCACAGUGGGAAUUGUUCUGCAUGACUAAGAGACAGUACUUUAUUUGGUGACUAGAAAGCAAGACUGACUCUUAAACUGGAGCAACUGGCACUGGCCCAAUACUUGAACAUUUUUAACACUAAUUAGAAUGAGAACUUAUCAUAUCUGUAUAAGUUGUGAGUGCGGUUGAUUGAACAUUGGCCAGUGUGCUCGUGGUAAGACCAAGUGAAUUAUAGUCUGAUUGUGGGUGAUAAUGGAUGAGACGUGCCAUUUCUGAAGUUGUGAGUAUACAUUACAUUCCUCUAUCCACAGUGAGAAGUGUACAGGGAAUACACCGUAGAAGGCAUUACCACCCACAGUGGACAGCGCAGUAGCUGGUAAUGAUGGUGACCGGCAGUGUCUGGCUAGAUUUGCUGUCUAAACAGACAAGCGACACUGGCACAAAUCACAUCCACAUUCAGCAUUCUGUAGCUUCCAUAAGACAUGCCAAAAGUCACAGGAUGCAAUACUAGUUCCUUUUUAAUGAUCUAUGAAGGCAUGUAAUAUUUGGAAGACUGGUUGGAAAUAUAGUUCGCUUUUUUGGGGGUUUUUUUUGUUGAAGUUCAAAUGUAUGAAUUAUGCCAUUAAAUAUUUCAAGUUAAUCAAAAUGCAGGUAAACAUAGUUAAAACGUACAAAAUGCAGAUUAAAAUACUCAAGUACAAAAACUGUAGAUCCCGAGUGACCGCAGCAGAUGCGUUUAGGAGACGUGGGAAACACCGCAUGUUACUGUCUGUCCUCCUGUUAUCAGACCUCGUUAAAGACAGAUGACGACGCCUAGAUGUGUAAACAGACCCUGAAACCUCCAUUGUUUUUCCACCUUUACCUACAGUGUCCAAUCUCAGCCCACGACUACUGCAUCUUUAUAUCCAUUCAAGUAUUUUAUAACUGCAUCUAUAACCAUGUGUAAAUACUGUGUUUAUAAAUGUUUGUUGCUUUGUAAAUCAAUGCCUGUGUAGGUGGAAUGUACAAAAUGUAAAGACCUUCAUUUUAAUAAACAUGACAACGCUUAUGA